AUGCCACGACACGAAGCUUCAUCGUCCAGUGUUGUCCGUAGUGGUAACGGCGGCAAUGGUGGUCAGACGACAGAAACUGGACAGACGGCAGAAACGGUAGUGAGAGCACCCGUAAGAGAAGGGGGUGUCUCUUUGCAGUAUCCGCUCCUAACAAAGACAAAUUAUGCGGCUUGGGCAAUCAAGAUGCAAGUAUAUAUGCAAGCUCAAGACGUUUGGGAUGUGGUUGAGUCAGAAGAUCCAGUUGAUCCUCGUUCAGACCAGAUUGCAUUGGCGGCAAUCUUUCAAGGGAUCACCGAAGAUACCCUGUUACAGUUGGGGGUAAAGAAAUCAGCUAAAGAGGCAUGGGAUGCUCUCAAGGUUAUGAACCUCGGUGCAGAGAGGGUCAAAGAAGUACGGGCGCAAGCUCUCAGAUGGGAGCUCGAAAGCAUGAAGAUGGAGGAUGGUGAAUCCGUCGAUGAAUUCACUGGAAAGAAUGCUACAGUUGUCAACAAGCUCCGAGCUCUUGGUGAAAGGGUUGAUGAAACGUAUGUAGUGAAGAAAAUGCUACGUUCAGUGUCCCCUAAGUACCUUCAGAUUGCCUCAACCAUAGAGGAAUUCGGGAACUUGUCUAUUAAGACAAUUGAAGAUGUAACUGGUUCUCUCAAAGCUCACGUGGAGAGGUUGCGGAGUUACGACUCCAGAGGAGACGAAUAUGUGCUACUCACUAAGGGAGAGUGGAAAGCACGAGCUGAGUCCUUAAGAUUCAAUGAGAAGCGCCCACAGGACGUGAUCAGAGGCUGGGGACGCGGACGUGGACGUGGUAAAGGAUGCGGCAGAGGUAGAGGAUGCGGCAGAGGUAGAGGAGGAGGUCGCGGCAGGGGUCGUGGCCCUUUUGGAACAGGCCGAGGUCAUGAUGAUGAAGGACAACACCGUUAG